GUUUCGUUCCGAAUCAAGUAACUCUGCAUCAUCACGACCUCUCAGCCUUCCAUAUCCAUCUCUCUCUCUCUCUAUCUCUCUCGCGGCUUUCCUUUUCUCUUCGAUAAUUACAAGUUUAAGUUCACCGGAGAAGAUGAAACCGAGAUCGAUCCGUCAGCGAAGAUCCGGAAAGAGGAGGCGGAGCAGACCGGCAUCUCCUCAACUAAAAUGUAAACCGGAGGAUCAAAACAGAGAAGAUGUUGAUUGGAGCAAUCACAAUCAGGUUGAUGAACCAAGGACAAGUGUGAAACCUGAUACCGGAAGGAAACUCGCGGCGGGAGCGUGGCGGUUGCAGGUCCCCGAUGCUUCUGUUUCUAGCGGCCGAGAUAAGAAGAGCAGGGAGGAUGGGUUAGGGUUUCAGGGAAGUGCUGCUGGACAUUUGGGUCCUCUCUUUUUCUACCACCAUGAUCAUAAUAAACAUUCUGGCUUUCAAACCAACAACUUAAGAAGCAAGCUUAGUCCUCCUCCUGCUGCUGCUGCUGCUACAAAGAGUGGGUUCUUGUGUAAGGAGCCUUUGAUUUCAUUUCCUGACUCCGCCAUGGAGGCGGCAACUAAAUGGGAUCAUCCUAUACGCUUAGAUGCAAGGGAUGACGUCCACCAAAUCUACAGCAACGUGAAGCUGAUUGGUCAACAAGUCAAUGAUGCUACUUCUAUUGAGCUUAAACUGGAGGAAGCUCGUGCUCGCAUAGAAGAUCUCGAGUCUGAGAAACGAUCUCAGAAAAAGAAGCUUGAGCUGUUCUUAAGGAAAGUCAGCGAGGAGAGAGCGUCUUGGCGGAGCAAGGAGCAUGAGAAGGUCCGAGCAAUCAUUGAUGACAUGAAAGAUGACAUCAACCGAGAAAAGAAAGCUCGUCUAAAACUAGAAUCUGUUAAUCUAAAACUAGUCAACGAGCUUGCAGAUUCAAAGCUGGCUGUGAAGCGACACAUGCAUGAUUACCAAAAGGAAAAGAAGGCAAGAGAGUUAAUCGAAGAAGUCUGUGAUGAACUCGCCAAGGAGAUAGAAGAAGAUAAAGCUGAGAUUGAUGCGUUGAAGAGUGAAUCAAUGAAUCUGCAAGAGGAAGUAGACGACGAGAGAAGAAUGCUGCAGAUGGCUGAGGUUUGGCGUGAGGAACGUGUCCAAAUGAAGCUUAUUGAUGCCAAGGUAGCACUCGAGGAGAAGUAUUCACAAAUGAACAAGCUUGUAGGAGACAUGGAGGCCUUCCUCAAAUCAAGAAAUGCUACUACAUGUGUGAAAGAGGUGAGAGAGGCUGAAGUGUUAAGAGAAACUGUUGCAUCAGUCAGUAAUGUCCAAGAAGUCAAGGAGUUUGCAUAUGAACCUGCAAAACCGGAUGAUAUAUUCAUGUUAUUUGAAGAAAUGAACUUGGGUGAAGCCACCCAAGAUGGAGAAACCGAGCAAUGCGUUGAUUACAGUCCGGUCAGCCACGGUUCAGAAGUUCACAGGGUGAGCUCAGAUGUCAAUGAUAGUCACUCGAAUGCAUAUGGUGAGUUUGAAGAAGAUGACAGUGGUUGGGAAACUGUGAGCCAUCAGGAAGAGCACAGAUCCAGUUUCUCGCCAGAUGAGUUCACUAGCAACAAUCAUCAACGUGACAGCAAUGUAUCUGCGAAUGGCACAGAGUUCCAGAAGACUCCAUUGAGAGAAAUAAGAGAAAUUAUCUCGGUUCCUAGAAGGCAGUCCAAGAAGGUGUCGUCAAUGGCGAAGCUUUGGAGUUCAUUAGAAGGUAUCAACGGAAGGGUUUCAAACGCGAGAAAGUCAAAUGCGGGGAUGGUUUCACCAGGGAAAGGCGGAUUCAGGACGCUGGACUUGGUGGGCUCAUCACCGGACUCGGCAUAUGCUAAUGUAAACCGAGGAGGGAUGAAAGGGUGCAUAGAGUGGCCUAGAGGUACACAUAAGAACAGCGUGAAGACAAAGCUUAUGGAAGCACAAGUCGAGAGGCAAAAGGUUCAGCUGAAACAUGUCCUUGAGCAUAAGAUCUAGGCCACUACAUACUCUUUUAGUUCAAACUAGUCUUUGUAGCUGAGCCCAAGUCACCUGCUAUUGCUGCCAUUGUCUCGUGGUCUAGCCGGUCAAGCCAAUCACGGUGGUAUAUUUAUUGUUGGUAGCUAAAAGCAAAAUGAUAUUUUUGUUUGAUUACUGCCAUAGGCUGGCUGAGCUAGCUUCAGCGACUAACUCAACUACUUGUUCGUUGCUAGGGAGCAAAGACCUAAUGGUAUUUUUCUUUGACCAAUUUUGUGGCUAUCUAGCUCAAAUUGAGAUGUUAGGUCAAUAAUAUCUUAUAUUUUACUACUACUACUACUACUACAUUGUGUAUAUCUAUCUACCUGUAAGCUGCAUGAUGCACGUUUCUAUCUUUAGCUUUAACAUUCACAAUAAUGAAG